ACAAAACCUGCAUUCAUGUCCCGCAGACUGCAGUCUGGCGCGGCCCUCCAGCCCACAAUGUGUGCACGCCGUCUGCUGCUGGCCCUCCUGCUGGCCGGCGUGUGUGCACAGUCGCAGCACAGACCCUCUUUCACGUGCGGGGGGAACUUCACGGCCGAGUCCGGAAUCAUCGGGAGCCAAGGGUACCCGGGAGUUUACCCCCCCAACACCAAAUGUGUGUGGAGGAUCACAGUCCCGGAAGGGAAGGUGGUGGUGCUGUCCUUCCGCUUCCUGGACCUGGAGAGCGACCGCCUGUGUCGCUACGACUACGUGGACGUGUACAGCGGCCACGCCAGCGGUCAGCGGCUGGGCCGCUUCUGUGGUACCCUCAAGCCGGGGGCACUGGUUUCCACGGGCAACAAGAUGAUGCUGCACAUGCUGUCGGACGCCAACACGGCCGGGAGCGGCUUCCUGUCCGUCUUUUCCGCUGCGCAGCCUAAUGAGAGGGGUGAGCAGUACUGUGGCGGCAGACUGGACAAACCUUCCGGAACUUUCAAAACCCCCAACUGGCCGGAGAGGGACUACCCGGCCGGCGUGACCUGCUCCUGGCACAUCGUGGCACCAAAGAACCAGAUCAUCGAAGUGACCUUUGAGAAGUUCGACGUGGAGCGAGACAACUACUGCCGCUACGACCACGUCUCCAUCUUCAACGGCGGCGAAAUCAACGACGCCAAGAAGAUCGGCAAAUACUGCGGAGACAGCCCCCCGCCGCCCGUCCUGUCCGAGGGCAACCGGCUGGUGGUCCAGUUCCUGUCGGACCUCAGCCUGACGGCGGACGGCUUCGUCGGCCACUACAAGUUCCGCCCCAAGAAGUUCUCCGUGGCGACCACGCCCCCUCCCACCACCACGCCGCCCGCCACCAGCAGGAUCACACCUCUCAAGUACUCCGUGGCUCUGUGUCGGCAGAAAUGUAAAAGACGAGGAACCCUCGAAAGCAACUUUUGCUUAAGCAACUUUGUGAUCACAGGCACGGUCAUCUCGGCCGUGAGCAGAGGAGGCAGCGCUCACGUCACCGUGUCCAUCGUCAGCGUGUUGAAGGAAGGCAGUCUGGCCAUCCAGCAGGCGGGCAAGACCAUGAGCACCAAGAUCCUGGUCCUGUGUCGCAAGUGUCCCCUCGUCACCAGAGGCCUGAACUACAUCUUCAUGGGUGAGGUGGACCAGGAGGGCCGAGGGAAGGUUGGCCCUCACAACUUUGUGCUGGCCUUCAAGAGCAGGAACCAGAAGGUGCUCAGAGUCCUGAAGAACAAACACUGCUGACUGAAACUGGGAAGAAGAUUAGGAAGGGCUCUUUUCAGUUUUACUAAAUCAACUUCAUAUUUCACCUUUUUCUUUGGAUUUAAACAGGAUCUGAUUGGACCUCUGCACUUGUGUACUUACACUUCGUCUUUUGAGUGCAUAAGAGUGUACACUUGUGUACUUACACUUGGUCCUUUGAGUGCAUAAGAGUGUACACUUGUGUACUUACACUUCGUCUUUUGAGUGCAUAAGAGUGUACACUUCUGUACCUACACUUGGCCUUUUGAGUACAUACGAGUGUACACUUGUGUACUUACACUUCAUCUUUUGAGUGCAAAAGAGUUCACACUUGUGUACUAAUACAUAGUCUUUUGAAUACAUAGAUGUGUACACUUGUGUACUUACACUUGGUCUUUUAAGUGGGUUAGUGUGUACACUCGUGUACUGACACCUAGCUUUUUUAAUGCAUAAGAGUGUACACUUGUGUUACAUUUAGUCUUUUAAGUAUCGAGGAGUGUACACUCGUAUACUUCCACCUAGUCUUUUAAGUGCCUUGGUGUGUACACUAGUGUACUUACAAUUAGUAUUUUAAGUGCCUAAGUGUGUACACUUAUGUAUUACACCUGGUCCUUUUAGUGCAAAAGUGUGUACACUUGUGUACAUACACCUAGUCUGUUGAGUGUACAAGUGUGUACACUUGUGUACCUACACCCAGUCCUUUGAGUGGAUAAGUGGGUACACUUUUGUACUUACAGUUAGUCUUUUGAGUGGUUAAGUGUGUACACUGGUAUACUUACACUUAGUCUUUUAAGUGCUUAAGUGAGUACCCUCGUGUAUUUACGCCUUGUCUUUUGAGCGUAUAAGUAGGAACACUUGUAUACUUACACUUUGUCUUUUGAGUGGAUCAGUGUGUACACUUGUGUACUUACACCUAGUCUUUUGAGAUACUUACACUUAGUCUUUUAAGUGCUUAAGUGAGUACCCUCGUGUACUUACGCCUUGUCUUUUGAGUGCAUAAGUAGGAACACUUGUGUACUUACACCUAGUCUUUUGAGUGGAUAAAUGUGUACACUUGUGUACUUCCACUUAGUCUUCAAAGUACAUAAAUGUGUUUAUAGUCAGUACUAGCAUGUUACACUCAAAAUGGUGAGUGUGCAUUGAUGGAAACUUAGCACACUCAAUAGUCGCCAUGUUGGCUGGCGGAAGAGGCGGGACUAACUUGAAACAAUGGGACGGAGUUAAGAGAAGAAAGCCUUUUGGGUGAAGUGCACUACAAAAAAAAGUAAUGGGACAGUACUCAGGAAGUAAGUAUGCAGUGUACACAGUAUACUUAAAGUGUACUGAUGGAAAUAUUCCAUUUGAUACACAGCCAUAUUUGUAAAGGUAUGAAUAUUUCUUUCUUGUUCAUUUCCUUGUUUUAGUACUUCAGGAACUUAAUUUGAUUUCUGGUGUCAUAAAGUCCACAUUACAUGAAGAUGGCUUAAAAACUUAUUGUUAAAAAGGGAUUCUUAUAAAUGGAAAAAGUUUUAAAAUAUUCAAAAAGUUAUUUAUUUUCUUUUAAUGGUUCUAUGAAAAUGAGUAUGGGGAUGAAUAAGAAUUGUGAUUGUUUGGGCAGUUGUGUGUACUUUAUUGAAUUGAGUUUUAUUUUGAAGGGCCAUGUAAAAACAGUCUUAUUGAUGUUGCUAAUAAAAGUCUGUAUGGGUGAAGACA